AUGGCCACCACCAACUCCGCCACUGCCGCUGCGAGAGCGGCCAAGAAAGGUGAAGCCAAGCGUGCACUGCCGUCACUAGCCAUGUCAAUAUCGGUCCCUCUAACUCUCACAAUGGUCAUAAUCCUGAUAUUUGGUUCCGGCCACAAGUACCGCGCCAUGGCCAAGCCAUUUUGGUUCCCGCCACUAUGGCUCGUACAUUUAGCAUCGUUGGGCUCGUCUCUCAUCAUGGGCCUCGCAGCCUGGCUAGUGUGGGCCGACGGUGGAUUUCACGCCCAGUCCGACGCUUUGCCUCUGUACAUCGGGCAAGUUUCAUUGAGCAUUGUUUGGUAUCCGCUUGUGCUUGUGAUUGGAUCGGGUUGGCUUGGUUUCGUGGUUUGUUUGGUUAAUUUUGGGACCCUACUCGCUUGUUAUUUGAGGUUUAAAAGAGUAAAUCCCUUCUCAAAAGAUCUUGUUAAGGUUAAUUUGGUUUGGACAGUAUUCAUUUUGGUACAAUACCAAUUGGAAGCAAAUCCGAAAACUAUAGUUUUUAAAAUCGUAUCGAAUUACCAGUUAAAUUGUGAACUGACAAUCAUCAUGAUGGGUCGUCUCUAA